CGCGGACGAUCGUACACGUCCCCCCGCAAUCAUUUACCGCCAUGUCCUCCGUUCUGAAGGCCCAGAAGGCGAAUGCCGCAAAGGCAGACUCGAAGGGGAAGCGCAAGGCCGACGAUGCUAUGGAUGUGGACGAGGCUGCGCCGCCGAGGAAGAGGAACAAGCAGCGGGUAUUGAUGCUGUCUUCACGCGGUGUUACCCAUCGCAUGCGCCAUCUCAUGAAUGAUCUAGAGACUCUCUUGCCUCAUGUGAAGAAGGACUCGAAACUGGACUCGAAGCAACAGCUACAACUCCUCCCCGAACUCGCUGAUCUCAACAACUGCAACAAUACCCUCUACUUCGAGGCACGUAGACACGAGGACCUCUACAUGUGGGCCGCGAAGACGCCCAAUGGUCCCAGCAUCAAGAUGCAUGUCCAAAACAUUCACACCAUGGACGAGCUCAAGAUGACGGGAAACUGCCUCAAGGGUAGCCGCGGCCUCUUGAGCUUUGACAAGGGCUUUGACGAUACGGAAUGGGGGAGGUUGACGAAGGAGGUGUUCACUCACAUCUUCGGCGUCCCUCCAGGCGCACGGAAAGCGAAGCCAUUCAUUGACCAUAUCCUCACAUUCUCCCUUCUCGACAACAAAAUCUGGUUCCGUAAUUACCAGAUCCUUGAGAAGGACCCCUUGCAGCCGAACGGCCCGCCCCAAACCUCCCUCAUCGAAAUCGGCCCGCGGUUCGUGCUGACGCCGAUCCGUAUCUUCGAGGGUGCCUUCAGCGGAGCGACGGUCUUCUCUAAUCCAGAAUUCGUUUCCCCUGCAUCUGUGAGAGCGGCAAUCCGUAGAGAAAAGGGCGACAAGUACCGCAACCGCAAGGACGCGGAGGUAGAGCAGGCGCGCCGGAAGGAGUCGCACAAGCGCGGGGAAGACGAGCUGGCGGUUUCCAAGGUGUUUGCUUAGCUGUGUGUACUUUGUGUCGUACCUCGUACAUCUUCAUGCUUGGUUCCAUUGACUCGAAGCUCAUGUCAUUGAUCCCCCUGUCAACUGAGGCUUGUACAGAUGGAUGCUAUAUUGCGAUGUGGGCAUGAGAACUGUUCUUACUACAGUUCGGGACACUGCCAUCCACUCAAGCCGCGCCUAUUGGCUUCUGAACUGGCCAACGGUCCUCUGCUCCAAAGCUGAUAUCGGCUAGGAGUCCAUUGUUUUUGUCACCGUCGCCGAUAGUUGAAUGAGGAAACCCAGGGUCGAACUUUUUCGCGUUUUCGAUGAGCUUAAGCUGCUGUUCUGUGAGCGAGAUCUCCAGUGCGAUGAGGUAUUCGUUGAAGGCAUCGACGUCCA